UAAUAGAAUUGCAUUGCUGAAAUGAAGACUUGUGAUGAGUGGAAACCUUUAAUAGUAAUGAUAGCAGUUGUUUUUUCUCUUGCGGCAUUGAAUAUUCUUCUCAAGAAAGUCCUUGAAGAAGAAAUCAACCCUUUUGUUUUUAUCACAUACCGGCUGUUAAUGUCUACCAUUUUCAUAGCCCCAAUUGGCUAUUUUAUAGAAAGAAACGACAGACCAAGGCUCACAUUUCGAAUUUUAUGUUACCUAUUCUGCAGUGCCAUUGUUGGGACAUCAGUCACUCAAUACUUUUUCCUUCUGGGGAUCCAAUAUACUUCUGCCACCUUUGCUGGUGCUUUCAUCAACAUAGUGCCUGUGCUCACAUUCAUAAUGGCAUUACCAUUUGGAAUAGAGACCGUGAAAAUCAGACGCAACAGUGGGAUAGCCAAGAUUCUUGGUUCACUGGUGUGCAUAGGUGGUGCAUUGAUGUUGACACUCUACAAAGGAAAGCCACUCUUUAAUUUUUCUCAUAAUGAACCUGCAGCUCCUGUGGCCAAGAGUGCAGUUAAGCUAGAUUUUGCAAGAACAAUACCAGGAUGGACUAUUGGUGUGAUAGCGUUGGUUUUAGGAACAAUCUUUUGGUCUUCUUGGUUUAUCUUACAAUCAAAAAUAAGCAAGAGAUAUCCACGCCAGUAUUCUAGCACAGCCAUCAUGUCCUUCUUUGGAGUCAUUCAAUCAGCUGUUAUUUGCUUCUCCACUGACCACAACUUGUCCAUAUGGGUUCUCAAGGGAAAGAUACAGAUAUUUGUCAUUCUUUAUGCAGGGGUGGUUGGAUCGGGUUUGUGUUUUGUGGGCAUGUCAUGGUGUGUAAAGAAGAGGGGUCCUCUUUUUACAGCAGCAUUCAGCCCUUUUGUUCAGAUAAUAGCAGCCAUGAUUGAUGUCCCUGUCUUGCAUGAGCAGCUCCAUCUUGGAAGUGUGCUGGGAUCCAUUUUGGUGAUUAUCGGAUUAUACAUUCUUCUGUGGGGAAAGAAAAUAGAAAUGCAGAAUCAUGAGAGCAAGUUAGUCCAAGAAGCUGAGGAAACCAAGAAUCAAGAGCUGCAAGUGCAAAUGCAACAGUUGACAGCGUAUGCUCAUUCAGAAUCGUAUGAUUCGCAGGGCCACUGACAUCAAAGUCGCAAUUAUUUAUGCUCAUGUGUUGCCAAACAAGCUGCUCCUAAGUUUUAAGUUUGUUUACUUAAACAAAACAAUACAUCAGAAAAUGUAUAAGAGGGUAGAAUUGUGAAGUCAGAAAAGAAAAAGUUACACUAGAAGAUGAGUAAAUAACACUUAAUUUACUGAUAAACAGGAUUUAUUUCCAAUUUGGCUAAGUAAUGUUAAGUUGUGGGCCAUUCAUCAAUUCCUUGUAAGUUGUAAUUGUAACCGUAGAAAAUAAUCUAUCUACUAUUAAAUAUAUGAAAAGAAAGUAUAUGCUUUUUUUUUUUUCUUUUAAACAAGGGGACUAAAAGCCCAAAAAACUAAUAUUAAACUUGAGAAACGGUAGAUAAAUCUGUAUGCAGCAAGGUAAUAAUACAAUUAGGGGGCAAUUUAAAAAAAAAAGUUCUCUUGUAAGGAAAAACUA